CGCGGAACGGACCACUUGAGGCUAGAUCUGUCCAUUUGAGGGACCCAUGAAACUGGAGCGGUCCUCUUGAUGCUAAAUCCUUCCACUGGAUGGAUCCCAGAAGUUGGAAUGGUCCACUUGAGGCUGGCGCCGUCCAUUUGAGGGACCUAUGAAACUGGAGCGGUUCUCUUGAGGCUAGAUCCGUCCAUGGCUCGCUGAAGAGGACCGCGAAAGAGGACAGCGGAGAGGACCGCAUGAGAGGACCGCCGGAGAGGACCGCAUGAGAGGACCGCGAAGAGGACCGCCGGGGAGGACCGCGGAGAGGGCCGCGGGGAGGACCGCGAAGAGGACUGAUACAGGCCAUGCAAAUGGUACGGGCCAUGCGGACGUAGACCAUGAAGGGGAUCCUAGGGCGAACAGCCCUUCGACGACUUGGCCCGAAUUUCUUGACGCUGUGCAGCAACGGUUUGAUCCCAAUUACUAUGAGAACUAUGUAGGGUUGUUGUCCAAGCUCACGCAGUCCUCUUCGGUUAUGGAGUAUCAGUCCGCCUUUGAAUCGAUUCUCAACAAGGUUUCGGGAGUCCCCGAGUCCACACUGGUCGCCAUGUAUAUUGCGGGACUUAAACAACCGGUGCAACGAGAGGUUAAUCUUUGGAACCCUAGCACCCUCCCGGCUACAUUCGCGUUGGCACGUGAAUUAUCGGCUUGUCACCAGGAGGCUGCGGUCACUUACUCAUCCAGGGCCCGACGUCCUUGGCCGCAGCGGCCACCCUCCACUGCCACUGCCGGACUGUUGCCUACCCCACCUGCUGCCCCGAAGCUUCCCUCACCAGCCCCACGGCCCUCUGCUUCCCCUUCAAAUUUGCCAAUUGUCCGCUUGACAAAUGCUGAAAAAGCAGAACGUAACAAGAAGGGCUUAUGUUGGUAUUGCGACGAGAAGUGGAUACGAGGCCACCACUGUAAGCAUCGGUUCUUGGUAUUUAUGGGACCUGAUGACGAUGUAAAUCCCCUUGACGUGAUGGAUCUGGUGGACAGCGACCAAGAGCUUGCUGUAAUUUCGGGGGACGUCUCUAGUCUCCACUCACUAGCGGGUAGUCCCAGUCCACGUUCGCUCAAGUUAGCCGGGUCUGUUAAAGAGAUGGCGGUACAGGUGCUCCUAGAUGGGGGGAGCACACACAACUUUGUUCAUCCCGCAGUGGCCGAGCGCCUCGCGUUAACACUUCACCCCGUGCCACCGUUUCGGGUAUAUGUCGGCAAUGGAGACUCGCUACGAUGUGCCUAUUCCUGCCCCCAAACGCCGUUAUGCUUGCAAGGUCAUCGAUUCGACGUGGAUUUGUACAUUCUUGAAAUACACGGACCCGACAUCGUCUUGGGUGUACAAUGGCUGCAGACCCUCGGCACGGUGUCACAUGAUUAUUCACAGUUAACCAUGGAGUUUACCUGGAAGGGCAGUCCGGUACUCCUGCGCGGGGACGCCCCUCACCCACGUCCCGUCUCCUAUAGCCAAUUUUGCAGAUUAGCCGCGGCGCCGGACGGGUGGGAUAUGUACGAAUUGAUGCUGGCAGAAACCCCUCUUAGGCAGGAUUCCGCUGGCCCAAUUGCUUUGCCGGACGACGUCCCCGAGCCUAUUCGAGCCGUGUUGCUGGCCCAUUCGGGUGUCUUCGGGUUGCCGCAAGGGUUGCCGCCCUCCCGACCUUGGGAUCACAGAAUUCACCUAGACACCACUGCCAAGCCCGUCAAUGUGCGCCCCUACCGCUACCCGUACUUCCAGAAGACAGAAAUUGAGCGCCAAGUCAGGGAGAUGUUGGACCAGGGGCUGAUUCGACAUAGCCACAGCCCCUAUUCCUCUCCGGUUCUCUUGGUUCAGGAGAGCUUCGCUAACCUCAAACGUGCCAUGACAACCGCGCCGGUGUUACGCCUGCCUGAUUUUACCCAGAUUUUUGUUGUGGAAACUGAUGCUUCUACGUCGGGUAUUGAGGCUGUCCUCAUGCAACAAGGGCAUCCGCUGGCUUUCUUUAGUAAAAAGUUGGGUCCGCGCCGGCGGGCAUCGUCCACGUAUCAUAAAGAGUUGUAUGUUAUUGUAGAGGCGGUCCAGAAAUGGCGACAAUACCUAUUGGGCCGCGAAUUCGUCAUUCGGACUGACCAACGGAGCCUUAAGGAGCUGUUAUUACAAGUUGUGCAAACACCGGAUCAACAAUUUUAUAUUCGCAAGCUCAUGGGGUUCAAGUUCCGGAUUGAAUAUAAAUCGGAAGUCUCCAACCGCGCCGCCGAUGCCUUAUCUCGACGUGACGAGGAUAGUGAUAUGGCUGGUCUAUUUAUGGCCUAUGCUCAGCCCCUGCCAACCCUCCUCAGGGCUCUCUUAGAAGAGAAUUCUACUCUCCCUGACCUCAUCCAGCUCCACUCCUCGGUUAGGGACGGCACUGCCUCUUCUGCAAUUUCUAUCCAUAAUGGCCUCCUUUACCAUGGCCAUCGCUUGUAUCUCAGCUCGUCCUCAAAGCUCCGCGACCAGCUCCUCCAUGAGUUCCAUGCUACUCCGCUCACCGGCCACCAGGGAGUCGAACGAACUUUUCGCCGCUUGGCGCAGGUGUUUUAUUGGCCGUCGAUGCGGUGGGAUGUGCGGCAGUUCGUAGCUUCAUGUGCCGUAUGUCAAGCCACGAAAUACUCCACCCAACACCCCGCCGGGCUCCUUCAACCGCUACCAAUACUUGACCAAGUGUGGGAAUCGGCUUCAAUGGAUUUUAUCACAGGUUUACCGCCGUCCCAGGGGUUCACUGUCAUCAUGGUUGUGGUCGACAGAUUGAGCAAAUACUCUCAUUUUGGUGCCUUAGCCGCUGGUUUUGAUUCCCCACGGGUUGCCCGCCUCUUCACCGAUGUCGUGGUCAAACAUCACGGCUUUCCUCGCUCCGUUAUUUCGGACAAAGACUCAGUUUUCAUGAGCUUAUUUUGGAAAGAGUUGAUGCGGUUAAGCGGUUCUUCUCUCAAGUUUUCAACCGCCUACCACCCCCAGUCCGAUGGUCAAACGGAAGUCCUUAACCGUAGCCUCGAACAAUACCUCAGGGCUUUCACAUAUGAGCGACCGACCAAGUGGACGAGUUUUCUACCAUGGGCAGAGCUUGCCUUAAACUGCAGCCAACACGAGGGGCUGGGCGUAUCUCCCUUCCAGGCGCUUUAUGGACGGGCCCCUCCGUCGUUAUUUCCCACUUUAUCAGUCCGCGCUCGAGUACCGGCGGUUGAGGAGUUGUUACGCGAGCGCGCUGAUUUGCUCACUGAUUUGAAAGCUCAUUUGACAAAGAUGCAACACCGUAUGCGUUCUCAAGCUAAUCAACACAGACGAGAUGUUUCCUUUGCGGUUGGGGACAUGGUGCUCCUCAAACUCCGGCCGUACCGCCAACACUCGAUGCCUUGCCCCUUGUCUGCCAAGCUUGCUCAACGAUAUUAUGGUCCCUUUGAGGUGUUGGAACGAGUGGGAGCUGUGGCCUAUCGCCUACGUUUGCCAGACGGAUGCAAGAUACACGAUGUGUUUCAUGUGUCACUACUCCGUCCCUUUCUCACACGCCCGGGCAGCUCGCCUACACCCUCCUUGCCUGAUUGUUUCUUCAAGGGCCGCCCAGUAUCCUUGCAUGUUGUGGGACUGGACAGCCGCACAGUCUUGGUGGAUGGCCAACCACAGGAGCAAUGGCUCAUCCGUUGGUCGGAUGGCACGAACAAUGAUGCUACAUGGGAGCCUGUUGUUGAGUUGUUGGACAAGUAUCCGGAUCUUCGCCUUGUGGACAAGGUCGUGCCUAACCCGGGGGGAGUUGAUACGGGCCAUGCAAAUGGUACGGGCCAUGCGGACGUAGACCAUGAAGGGGAUCCGAGGGUUAGACGACCACGACGGAAUGUUGGGCGCCCUCGCCGUUUCGAAGAUUACGUUUAAUAUUUUUAGUAUUCUUUUUUAUUUCAUUAAUGUAAUAGAUUUUUCUAGGAUAGAUAAUUAGUAAUUUAGGUUUGGGGAAUUCUUCUAUAUAAGGGAUUACACCCUUACGCAUGGAAUUAUCAAUAAUACACGUAUCUUUCCCUAUUUCUUCUCUUUCUCUAAAACCCUAAAUAACUCCCUUCUCCCUUGCCACCUCUGUCGGCUGGAAACUUGGCCGCCACCCUCCUUGCCGCCGCUCUGGGAUACCUUGAGUAUCAAGGACCGCCGGAGAGAACCGCCGCUGCUGUCCGUGGCUCGCCGGAGGAAGGAGGAGUUCAUCGGAGGCCCGCCACUGCCGUCCAUGGCUCGCCGGAGGUAGUGGGAGCUCGUUGCCGCUGCCUAUGGCUCGCCGAAGGAAGGGGGAGCUCCGGGGAUGGAUCUACGGACGAAAGGCUCUGCCCAAUCUGGUGCUGCUGGUUUCUGGUUUCUGAUUUGCUGCUGGUGGUUUCUGGUUUCUGCUGCUACGGAUGAAAGGCUCUCAUCAUUUUUUUCUUUUGACUUUUCUUCCCUCUCUAUAUCUCUUCUUUUUUUUCCUUUUUUUCUUUUCUCUUUAACCACACUCUCUCCCUUCUUUUUGUUCCCGUCCCCUUUUUCACUUAUUUUUUUUACUUUCUCUCUCACCUUUUCUCUCCAUUAUGUAUUCGGAGCACAAAAGUUUUUCGUGACCGGGCCCCACGGAUGGCGCCAGUGAUGGAAAUCGCUUUUUCGGGGCGUCGACCCGACAAACUUGGUACCGGGUCGGCACUGCAACGAAUAGCAAAAUCUGGAAAAUAAAUAAAUAAAUAAAGCAGAGAGAAAAUAUUUAUACGUGGAAACCCAAAUCGGGAGAAAACCACGGGCCUUUUUAGGCGCUGUCAUGCCAAAGGAGAGGAACUUUUAUUAAUCUCGGAGGAAUUUACAUAUACAUCAUUGUAGGAGCUUAGAGGCAUUUAUGGAGCUCCAAGCUUAAAGAGAAUAAAUAAUGAAAAUAUAG